CUUUAUUUACUUAACCACACACUAAAUUUCAGCAAAUAAAGUUAUAUUAUGUUAUAUUCUUGGUUUCAUGCCUAGUUAAAUCUAAAGGUUAUUAUUACUAGCAAGGUUAACAUGAAUUCAUGAUGUUUGCAUGUGAAACACUUGGCGUGUCUCUAAGAGCAUUUUCUAGGGUUUUUUUCAAAUAUGACCUAAAAUUUCAAGUCAAACACAAAAAUAACUUAUGUUUUUUAAAAAUUUUUUUUUUUUCAUAUUCUUCCUAGAAGUUUGAGCUAUUCACGAAAAUGCUAUUACAUUUUUUUUUUUUUGCAAAUGAUUCUUUUACCAUAUCAUCUUCAUCUUCACAAAGUAUUUACAAUAUUGCCAUUGCCAUCAAUACACUAACCACCAUGAACAACCAAUUUGAAGCUCUUGAUGCACCAAAGUUUUGAUUUUACUCUUCAUAUCUCAUUACUUAUGCACACAAAUCACAUCUCUUUCCCUCUCUUUUCAAAUUCAUCCAAAAAAAACUAAGAUUUUGAUUCUAAACUUUGUAAGGUUCAUAGAGACAUUGAAGUUCAUAAUUCAUGGUCAUUAAUUAAUGACUUGGUAGCUUUUGUAGUAAAGUUGUGGGUACUUGGAAAAAUAAGUAAUCUCACAGGCUCAAGAUAUGAAAUCUUUUUUUUUUCUCAGAUCUGUUCGCGAAGACUUUCAGAAGACUUCGGAAAGACUUUUAGAAGACUUCGGGAAGACUUUCAGAAGACUUCGCUAGAUAUGUUCUCCAUCAAGAAGACUUCCUUAGAAGUCUUCUAACUUUUCUUUAUUAAAAAAAAAAACCGAAAAUUCCAGAGAAGACUUCUCGAGAAGUCUUCUCGGAUAAAUAUGUUAGUUUUGCAAUUAACCAAAAUUUGAGAAAUUUGACUUUUUAGAGAAGACUUCUCGGGAAGUCUUCUCCGAAAAAACUUCUAUAGAAGUCUUCUGAAAGAUUUUCCAAAGUCUUCUCACUGUCGCAAGAAGUCUGCGUGGGUUACUUUUGCAAUUGAAAAAUAAUAGUGAAACAUCUAAUCUAUUAAAUUAGAGUUCUAUUUUGUAUCUACUUAUAAGAAGUUGACAUUUAAAAACUGGUCCUAAUAAUAGUGAAAUAUAUCAUAUCCUAAACAAUAAAACUUUCAUGUUUAACAUAAAUAAAGAUAAUAUAAUUUAUAGUAUUAUCAUAUAUGGCAAAUAAAGUUUAGUAGACAAUAUAAAUCAAAUACCAAAUCUAAACAAUAUAUUUUGUUCUAAUAAAUCCAACUAAUACGAAAUAUCCCUCAAAACACUUUAAUUAAGUUAAAAUUAUUACUACUGUACGUAUUAAACUAAUUCAAAACAUAUAUUUUUUUUUAAACCUAAAGUCAGAUUUUAUUUCAUAUAUAAAUUUCAUAGCAAAAUGAUCAUUUUAAAAUUUAACUAUACUUUGAUAAAAAAUAAUAAUAUAUAUAGAGAAAUUUACACUUAAAACACUCAUCAUUUUGUAUUUCAAUUUUUAAUUUGUGAAACUAAAAUGGUUAUUACACUUAAAACACUCAUUAUUUGUUUCUCGAAAAAAUUAAAAUGAUUAUAACACCAACACAAAACAUGUAAAAAUAGAAAUUCACAUAAUCUGUUAAAAUGUCAUUUGUCUUUAAAAUGAGUUAAAAUUUAGCAAAGCUAUAUAUACUUUAAACAAAAUUGUCAACACAAUUUAAAUUAUUAUCAAAAGACAAAUAUCAAAUAGGUCUGCAAAUAAUAAUUUUAAAAUCAGAUAUAUUUUUUAUAAAAUAAAAUCAUAUAUAAAAAUUGUCCGUGUUUUCUAAACGCGAGUCAGAACCUAGUUUAAUAUUAAUGAAAAAACUUUUUAAGAAGUAGUCUUCUCAAAAUUUAUUUCGGGUUUUGGUCAAACCAUUGGUUACGAGAAAAGAGUCAAUUGCAAAAGUAUUCCAGGUAGACUUCUUGCGACAUUGAGAAGACUUUUAUAGAAGUAUUCUCCGAGAAGACUUCCUGAGAAGUCUUCUAUAAAAAGCCAAGUUUCUGACAAACUUCAGUCAAUUGCAAAACUAACAUGUUUAUCUGAGAAGACUUCUCAAGAAGUCUUCUGUGGCAUUUUUGAGAAUUUUUCAAAUUCAAAAUUAAGCCAAUAUUUACAAAGGAAGACUUCUAAAGAUGUCUUAUGUAGAGUAGACUUCUUAAGAAGUCUUCCUUCGUAAGUUUGCAAUUGCAAAAAUGACCUAAAUAGAAGAAGUCUUCUCGGAGAAGACUUCUGUAGAAGUCUUCUACGUCUAUGUUUAUUAAACUUUCAUUUUCUCUACACUUAAAAUAACUUUUAAAUAUUUUCUUAUUAAUUCUUGUAUAUUAGUCAAUAUUGGGCCUCCUGGAUAAAAUUCAUAACUUAUUUGGUGAUAAUUAUGAGAUUUCAAAUAUUUAUGUUUACUAAUGUUUCUAGCUAAUCCGAGAAGACUUCUCCCGAGAAGACUUCUGGAGAAGUCUUUUCUAGAUGACUUCUGAAGAAGUCUUCUAUGUAAGAUUUUUAAGAGUGUUAAGUAACUUUAAGAUAUGCUUUUAACUUUCAAAAGUGUUAAGUAACUUCAAGAAUAUCAAAUCAUGUGGUUUAAUGUGUCUCUUUAGAUUAUAAGAUAUAAUUUUUAACCUGCAUGAAAUUUAAAAUUUCAACUUUCACUUAAAAUUCAAGUUUGAUCUUUUGUGAAUUUGACUAAGUUUUCUUUUGAAAUCUUUUCCCUUAGUUUUAGUAAAUUUGACUGAGUUUUUGUGUUAUUAUGUUUUGUUAUGAGUGGGUAGAAUGGUUUAAAAAAUUUCUUGGUAUGUUGUAUCAAUAACUUCAAUAAUGUCAAGUACUUUGGAAAAAACAUGAAAAUAUAAACCAAAUUCUUUUGAUUAAUAUCUCUUCAAGUUUAGAAAAGAAUUCACAAGUAAAAUAAUACACAUACAAAUCAUAAAACAUACCAUAAACAAAACUAUUACACAUGGAGGUAAAUAUAAUUCAUCCACAUAGAUAAGCUUGGACUCAACUUGAUAUCAUUCCUCUGUAACACCUUGGGCAAAAGACUUCAGAAGACUUCCCGAAGACUUCGCGGAAAGUCGUCUAGCAUAAAACACAUUAGAAGACUUCCCAAGAAGUCUUUCGGGAGUCUUCCAAGAGUCUUCCGAAAAAUUUUCAAAGUCUGACUUAGAUCUGAAAAAACUGCAUAUUCAAAAACAUUCAAAUGGUUUCAAAACAGAGAAAACUUCAAAAAUAAUUUGUUAUGCCUAAAUAAUAAUAAAAAUAAUCAAAUUAGAUUGAAUCUAUAACUUUUUAGAAUCUAAUAUAUAAACAUAUACGGAAUACAUAUCCAAAAUUUGUACCACUUUGGGCAGAAGACUUUGGAAGACUUCCUGAAGAUUUCGUGGGAAGUUUUCUAGCAUAAAAUGCAUUAGAAGACUUGCCUAAAGUAUUCUGAGAAGUCUUCCGAGAGCCUUUUGAGAAGUCUUUCAAAGUCUGUCUGUGAUUUGUAAAACCUGCAAAUUCAAAAAUAUUCAAAUGGCUUCAAAACAGAGAAAAACAGAGAAAAACUUCAAAAAUAUAAUUUUAUGCUUAAAUAAUAAACGAAACAGUCACAUUAAGUUGAAUCUAUAACAUUUUAGAAUAUAAUAUAUAAACACACACAAUAAUACAUAUCCAAGAUUUAUAGAUCUACAUUUGAAUGAGUGAAAGAUGAGAACUAUGUAAUGAAAAAUCUGCAAAAAGAAGAUAAAUUAGUGAGAAGACAUAAGAAAAAAAUGAGAUGGAUUUAAAGUUUGGUGUUUUGAUGUUCAAAGAUAUUAGAGAGAGGUUGGAGAGUUUUAGAGUGAGAAACAUUAUAUUUUUGUUGCAGCCAUUUGAGAGGAAAAAAAAAUGUGUAAAUUUUCCUUAUAUAAGGAGACAAAAUUUUUAUUUAGGUUAAAUAUUUUCGAUACAGAAGACUUCUUGGGAAUACUUCUUCUAAGUCUUCUAAGAAGACUUCUUGUGAAGUCUUCUAGACCCUAAAAUCAAAUACACGAGAAAACUUCUGGAAGACUUCGCUUUACGAGGAAAACUAAAAUUUAGGUGAAAAUAAUUCAGAAGACUUUUUGGGAAGUCUGAUUGAGAAGUCUUUUAAAAAUUUUCUAAACCAUAACCUAAUCAAAUAACUAACUAAACAGAAAAAGACAAUUCAUUAAACUUAAAAUCAACUUAUAUAGCAUUUAAUACACAAAACUAAACGCAUGUAGGUCAAUUUUUUUCUUUUAAAGUUAAGAUUCUGAAAUCAAAUCCUAAAUAUAAACAAUACUAUAAUAUAUGUUAAUAAACCCUAAACCAAGUCUUCUUGAAGAUUUCCAGACCUUAUAAUCAAAUAACUAAGCAAAAACACUUCCUUAAACUUAAAAGAAACUUAGAAAGUGUUUAAAUCAAGUAAUUAGAUAGAUACUAAACACAUAUAUGUAAAACUAAAAAAAAAAGGAUAAUAUUUCAAAAUAUAACCCUAAAAACCAACAGUACUAUAACAUAUGUUACUAAACCCUAAACUGAAGGCUAUCAUGACUCAUUCUACAUUCAUUCAUCUAUGUUAAAAAUAAUUCAAGUUCAGUAAAACUAAAUUUCCAUCAUUUAUAAAAUUUAUUAAUUACUUUUAAGAUCUAAUAUAUGAGAAGCCUUCUCCUAGAAGACUUCGAUUUAGGCGGAAAACCUAAAUUCUUUUAAAAUUUAGGCGGGAGCCCUAAACUCUACUAAAAUUUAGGUGGGAUAUGCCAGAAGAUUUCUUGGGAAGUCUUUUGUGAGUCUUCCAUACCUUAUAAUCAAUUAACUAAACAAAAAGACAUUUCCUUAAACUUAUAAAAUACUUAGAAAGUGUUUAAAUCAAGUUAUUAGAUAGUCACUAAACACAUAUAGGUCAAAAAAGUUUUUUUUUUAAGAUAAGAUUUCAAAAUCUAACCCUAAAUAUACCAAUAAUGUUAUAACAUAUGUUACCAAACCCUAAACCAAGGACUAUCAUGAGUUAAUUUUCUUUCACUCAUCUAUGUUGAAAACAAUUCAAUUUUAGUGAAACUAAAUUUACAUCAUUUGAAAAUGUUUAUUAUUACAUGAUUUCAAUUUUUUCCCUAUCAAAAUAUUUUUUAUAAAGAAUUUAAAUUAUUUUUAAGAUCUACUGAUCUAAAAGACUUACAAAGAAGUCUUCUCCGAAAAGACUUCUUUGUAAGUAUUCUCAUGGGGAGGGUUAUAAUGGUAAAACUCAAUACAUGUUUUUUGUUUAGUCAUAAAGAGGUUGUUGUAAUUCCACUAGCCUUUAGGGCUAAUUUUACAUUUGAUUGAAUUUGAGGUAUAUUUUUGUAUUCAAAAUCAAAUUUUGAAUCAUUUUUAGAAAUUUCCUCUUUUUUCUAUUACCAAAUUUUUUCAAAUAGCUAUCUAAAAUAAAUAAUAUUAAUAUCUUAUAAUUUAAUUUAAUUCCUUAAAAUGAACUAAUUAUUUUUACUUCUAUAAAUUUCUCGUGAAUGCGUCUGACUUUCAUUUAUAUUUUAUAUUUUUCUUCUAUAUACUUUUAAUUGUUAAAAUAUUGAUUUAAAUUUUACCACUGGAUGGUUUAAAACAUUUAUUUAGCUGUCCAAAGCAACAAAACAUACAUAUCUCUAUUUUCAUAAUAAAAUAAUAUUUAAAAUAGCAAAUUUGAUUUUAGAAUGAUUUAAAUUUCGUUAUACACCAAUAAAAAUAAUAUUCGUUAGGUUUCAUAGUGCAUUUUAAGUUUUUUUUUUAGGUCAACUGUAUUUUUAAAAUUAAGAACGUAGAUUUAGAAAAUAAGUAAAAACAAUUCAAAGGAGAAAAUAUCAAUUUUUAAAGAUUUAUAAAUAUACAAUAAAAAAUGUUGUAAAUUAUUUAUUCACACAGUCAUUAUACAAAACAUUAAGUAACAUUAAAUUGUUUUAUUUUAUUUUUGCUUUCUUCAAGUUUGAUUCAUCAACCUCGACCAAAAAUAUAAAGUUGCAAAUGGAUUCUUGAAACUUAAGAUUCAUUUGUGGCCUAGGAGGCAGCCAUAACUGAAACGCAGACAAGCCCUAAACACGUGUUACCAUAUCUCUUUUUCUUUUUAUGAAGUCCAGUCUAGUAUAAACAUAUCUAAACAUGUGAGUUUGUGAGACCGGAUUUUCCAAAGCAUCAAAUCAAAAACUCUUUUCUCUUCCUCCUUUUCUAUUAUCAUCUCUUUGUGUACCUAGCGAAAAAGCAUCAGAAUGGAGGCUUCUCAAGAACUUCACCUUCCAAACUACAUGAAAGACGAUAACACUAGCCAAGAAACCAAUAAUUUGAUAUCUUCUCUUCCUGCAGACAAAGAUUUCAUGGGUUACAGUCUCUACAACUACAAAGGUUGUUGGUACUAUCCCAACACACUCCAAGCCGUUCUUGACGUCCAAGACAAUUUCCGGCCACAAAAGAACGACAUAAUCCUCGCUUCUUUACCCAAAGGUGGAACCACUUGGCUCAAAUCUUUAGUUUUUGCAAUUGUACAUAGAGAAAAGUACCGUGAAAAUCCCCAAAUAAUACAUCCUUUGCUCUCACAAAACCCUCAUGACCUUGUCCCAUUCCUUGAGAUUGAGCUAUACGCUAGUAGCCACACUCCAGAUCUCGCAAAGUUUCCUUCUCCUAUGAUCUUUUCAACACACAUGCACCUAAAUGCAUUGCAUGAAGCCACCACAAAGUCUUCUUCCUCACCAUGCAAAAUCGUCUACGUGUGUAGAGGUCUCAAAGAUACGUUUGUCUCCGGUUGGCAUUACAAAAACAUGUUGCAUCGCACCAAGAUGGAUCAAGCCAGCUUUGAGCUCAUGUUUGAUGGUUACUGUAGAGGAGUUACCUUAUACGGACCCUAUUGGGAACAUAUGUUGAGCUAUUGGAAAGGGAGCUUAGAAGACAGGGAGAAUGUUCUUUUUAUGAGGUAUGAAGAGAUCAUUGAGGAGCCACUUAUUCAGGUGAAGAGACUCGCUGAGUUCUUGAACUGUCCAUUCACCGAGGAAGAAGAAGAGAGUGGAUCAGCGGAGGAGAUCUUGAACUUGUGUAGUUUGCGUAACUUGAGCAACUUGGAGAUUAAUAAGAAAGGGACUACGAGAAUUGGUAUAGAUUCUAAUGUAUUCUUCAGGAAAGGUGAAGUUGGUGACUGGAAGAAUCAUCUGACUCCUCAAAUGGCGAAAAGGAUUGACGAGGUUGUUGAGGUUAAACUACGAGGUUCGGGUUUGAUAUUUCAGUAAGGUUGUGCUAUGUUGUUGUUUUCUCUUGAGCACAUUAAAUUUCAGCAAACAAAGUUAUGUACUU